AUGUGCGAGCUAAACGUUGCGGCGGUGGAGCACUUUAUCGCCCUCGGAACCAAUGUGGGCCUCGUGUUCUGGUACAAUCGCAAGACGGGGGCCAUGGAGCGACUGGCCACCGAGGGCGGUUCGCCAGAACUGCGGUGCGUGCGUAUCAUCUCGUCCGUCGAGUACAUGGUGGCCGUUGGAUGUCGGGCCGGGAUGGUGAACAUUUUUCAGAUCCCCAAAGCGCCACCACGGGACGUGUGCGCCGAGUUGUUGCUGAAAGCGAAACCGAUCGAGCGGUACACGGUCCGAGGAUUGCACCGUGCGCCGAUCACUGAACUGCUGUGGUCGAAGAACGGCAUGAAGCUCUUCUCGGCCGAUGCUUGUGGUGUGGUUGUGCUGACCGAGAUGGGAUACAGCACGAAAACGUGCCAAUCGCGUGAGAUCAUCAACGAGCGCUACGAAAUCGUCCAGAUGGAUCUCCGCCCGGGCCAGCUGCUGGUGUCGAGCUCCUUUCGCACGGUGAUUUGCCAGCCCGAGGACGGCGGCACGCAACGGUGGCGGGUGGCACAAGUGGGGAAGAAGGACCGCAAAAUGUUGGCCCCAUUCGGAGCGAUCUUUGCCGAGCUACACGCCAAACAACAGAUCGUGGCGACGCGUUCCGGCUUCCGGCUGUGGUUGGCCGAUUGCGAGGGAAACGUCGCGCAAACCCUCAUCUUCAAGGAGCAGAUGCGGGAGACAAACUCCGAAAUCUCGUUGCUCAAUCCGAGCCGCAACCCGAUUCGGAUACCGACGACCUUCGGUAAGCUGUACCCGUUCGAAGCGCACCAGAUGGUAACGGUCGCUAACGGUGCCCUGUUUCUGCUCGAUCUCGAGCGUGUGGCCAUCGUUGGGUCGCUGACGCGGUUGCGUCACAUCGUGGACGUGGCCGUGGAUCGGAAUGAAAUUCUCAUUCUCGAAAGUUCCCGCUCUCUGGUUCGCGUUGCGACCCUUCCGGACACCAGUCACACGACGGUAGUGUUUAAGAAUUUGGAACUCUUCGCCUGCGCCGAAUCGCAGGUGGUGGUGGCGGACGAGUGCCGUGAAGAGACCACCGAAUGCACCCCCCGUACCGGAAGUCAACCGGCCGGCCGGCAGCAGGGCGACGAAGAACGAGCGCCACCGGUAGCGGUCGCCGUUGUCAGUGGCUCCUCGGCGGUGGAUCAACCGGACGGAGAGGCGCGGCUUAUUAACGUGCACAUGCGGAAGCUCGAACUGUUCGACACGCUUAACGAGCUGAAGUACGACGAGUCGAUCCUUUUUAAGAGUGGCCGCCGCAGCCGGAAGCACCGGGCGAAGGUGAACCCAAUCGUCGAGAUUGGCCAGAUACCGAAGGAGAUAGAAACAACGGACGACGAAGCCACCGCCAGCUAGAGCUCCGUGGUGGCUCCGCUCUCUGCUUUAAAUGGACAAUUUGUUAACGGGACACUUUGUACCGCGUACCUCCCCACAUUCCGUUGAGAGCUUUUAUAGGAUAGGAUUUCUUUUAACCAUGGCCAUGGCCAAUAGAAGGCCAAUUUACAGCACCGCCGCAGGGGAAGGAUAAAUGGCUAUGCGUUGUUUCGUUUCAAUUCAUGGUCCUCGCCUACUGCCACUACUCCAAAUGCCAGAGCCGGUUACUAUAUUGUUGUGAUUGUUUUCCAAUGAGAGAGAAUAAACUAUUUUGUUAUGCAGUCGCUUGCUG